CCUAUAUAAAGAGGCAGCCUUGUCAUUCACCCGUCAGUGGCUGACGUUGCAGGCAGUUACGACUGUACCCCUACUAUUGCUACAGUGAUGUUGAGGAUCAUCAUUCUGGCGUCAUGCGCAGUGGCUGGCAUUUCAGCCGCCUGUUCUGAGGGAUACAAUGAGACGGUUAUCCCCCGGUGCUUCAGGGCCAAACAAAACAUGUUUGGAGACUAUGUACUUUAUGUCCCCUGUCCAAGUGGAUAUACAAGGGUUCAGAAUCCGAGUCUGUGCUACAAAAUAAGUGCUCCUGCCGAUAAAAAGAACUACCCUGACGCCAUGGAAGAGUGCAGCAAAGUCCAGAACGGCCGCCUCAUUGACCUGGACUCUCCGGACAAAUAUGGCUUCCUAUCAGGAGUCAUGACCGCUUUGACCCCGACUUCACCGCGCAGCCGAUUCAGAAACUUCGGUGUGUGGAUCGGUCUGAGACGUGUCACCAGUACCGGCUUCAGAUGGAACUCGGGGUCUAUGUUUGUCACCAACUGGGGUUACAAGGAGCCAGAACUGACCUCGUUAAGUCGCUGUGGAAUGAUACAUUUUGAGGGGCUUGCUAACCAACGCUGCACUCCCAAACUCCGCUACGCCUGUGAGGUUCCCAUGUAACAGAAGCAGCCUGUCAGUGUUACACAUUAGAUGUACUGGCUACUGAAAUCUUCAAGCUGUGGAAAUUAAACUAAAUUAUAUCAA